AUGAGCGCCAACGGUGCCUACCAGUUGAAUAUGAUGAAGUCGGGCCUAAGUAUGGAGGCUCUAAUCAACGACUACCAGAGCCAGAACCUGGAAGUCCUCCUAAUCCAGGAACCAUCCAUCACCACUUAUCGAACCCAUGUCAACUACAGCGCAUGGCACCUUUACCGACUAACUAUUAAGACAGACGCUGCCCGGUAUCGAAGCCUUAUCUACGUGAAUCGGAACCUCUCAACCUCCUCACACCGUCAAGUCCCAUGCGACUACCACGACAUCACCGCUAUCAAGAUCUGGACAGCUGAAUCCCAGACCCUUAUUUUCUCGGUUUACAUCCUACUGCUUGUAUCCGGAUUAGAAGAUAAGAUAGCUAGAAAUCUAGAAGAUAGCACUAAUAUCCGAACUCUUAUUAGCUCUGAAGAGUAUAAGUACGGGGAGAUAGUCGAGCUGCGUAAUACAGCCUCCGGAGAGAAGUUGGUGGUGUUUAAGGGCGUCUGA